AUGGCCUCGAGCACCACCAACAUGCCUGCCCAGAAGCUGUCAUUCGCUAAGAUCGCUGCUGCGGGCCUCAAACCGAGCAAUAUCCUGGCGCGCUCCAGCAACCCAGCAACCGUGCACAAGCAGGCAAUCACAUCGUCACCACGCCCCGGCGCACCACAACGCACAGCUGCAGCAAAGCCGAAGUCUGCCGAACCCACGGUGCAGUCAGACAGAGUGGUGCCAUCCUCCGUGUCGCGUUCGAAUGAGCCAAGCCAGAUGAUCUCAGCAAACCCGGCGGUGCAAAUCGACAAGGUUGACAACACUCCAGCGAAAGCGGAAGGCACUUCCGAUACUACUGGACUUGUCGCACCUGCCGCAGCCGACAAUACUACUACUGUACUGUCAUCCAGUAGUGGCUCUGCAAGACCUCCAAGUCUAGAUGACAAAAGCGUGACUUCUGGCACCACCUUCGCGCUGGACGAAAAGGAGUCUUUACGACCCGAUGAUAGCGCAAGUCUGGUAGCCGGCGAUGAUGAAGAUGCUCUCAUUACGUCUACAAUGCCUCUACCCGGUCCGGUUGUGUAUAGCGAUGAUGGCUCGCGCGCCUUCCGAGAUCAGCUCCGCGAGAUUACGCAGAUGAAGCCACCACGCGAUAUCCUUCCCAACCAAGCUUUAGGCCCUGCAAUACAAGCGGCUAAAGCCUUCUUGUACGUCCCUCCUCCGACUCUUGGAAUUGGUAGCAUUUCACGUGGUGGCGACGUAUUCGAUCUCUCGGGCACAGUUCCCGGUCCUCCAGAUCCAAAGCUCCUGGAGGCACUCGACAGCCCACGCGAUCGGCUGAUGGUUAUGAAGCUGCAAACGGACAUCAUCGAUUUCGUCAACGACGCAAAGGAAGUAUCACUCAUCUUGCCGCAAACCAAUGCAUAUCACCGUAUGCUUGCUCACAAAGCUGCCGACUACUAUCUUCUUGGGCAUGUAAUGGACGACUCGGCUUGUGGCGUUCGCCUUUUCAAGACUGCAAAUACCUGCCUCCGGCUACCGCUCAUCGGUACUACCACUCCCUCUACCGCAGCCAGCACGCCCCCUCCCAAUGCUCCGCAGAUGAAGAUCUUACGUCGCGGUAUGGAGAGUGGCCCAGCUAUCGUCAAUGGCUCCAACAUUACAUCCAAGACGACAUCCGAUAGUGGCGAAGGUGACGAUGACGACAAGAAAAAAGCUACCAUGACGCGUGAGGAGCGAGAGGAAAGGUAUGAAAAAGCGCGCUUGCGAAUCAUGGGCCCGGCGAAGUCGACAGAUGGAUUGGAGGAGCAGAAACCCACAGAUAGCUCGCGCUCGAGUUCUGCUGCCGGCAAGAAGGGCAAGAAGAAGCCAAGGUCAGACAGCGAGGACGGCUUUGAGGCACGUUCGGCUUACGGUCAAUUCUUUCCGACUUCUCAUAACCCGAAUGGCUUCACGCCUGGCCCCGGCCCAUACUCAGGCCUUGGUCACCAUUUCACGCCACAACAUCAAGCUUAUCCUGGGUAUGGAAGCAUGGGCGGCUUCCAACAGUACCCGACUACCGUACAGCCUGGCAUGGUCUGGCCCAUACCUGCUUUCCCGACAACGAACUUCCCGCAGCAAAGCUACGAUCUCUCCGCGGAGUUCCAGCGCGCCAUGUCUUUGCAGCAUAACGCGACGUCGUCCAGCUCUGUUACCUCUCCGAAUGGUUAUCCUCAACAAGGAUAUGGUGGCUCACCAUGGGCGCCAGCAAAUCACACCAUGGCACAGCAGACAUCAGCUACCGGCAACGGCUACCUCAAUGCUUAUGGUCAGUACUCUACCCCUCAAUCUAGCGCACAGGAUGCGCAGCCAUACCAAUUCGGCCAGCUGCCCAGCCAGCAUUUUCCCGGCAGACCUGCGAAUAAGCUUGAGCAUCCACUUCCAGGCAGCUACAAAGGCAAACACUUCGACCCGCAAAGCCAGGCUUUCGUGCCACACCAGCAGACUGCCGCUACAAACCAGCCUAGCGGAACACCUACCACUGGUAGCUCGGUCAUCAAUGGGGCUACUAUCCAUGAACUAAAUGUCCAGGCUCAUCGCCAGCCGUCAGCGUACGGUCAAGGCUCUGUCUACAGCUCCUCACGUCAGCCAUACGGCCUGCCUAUGCAAGCACCAUCGCAGUCUCAGCCCAUGCUGCAUCCUCUGCCACAGCCCGUCUUUCCUCGUCAGGCGUCACCGAAUCUACCACUGCCCGCCAAACCAGGCUCUGCUCUCGCUGGUUAUGGCACGACGCAGCAGCAACAAGCGAUCACAAUGAUGAAUGGCACGCCUACUUCGACAGGUCCAAGCAGUAUCUCGAAAUGGGGUGCACCCGCAUCUUUGCCCGCCAAGCCGCCACCACCGAUUGAAGUCAUCGAUGCCAACAGCCACGCUCAGCAGCACAAUAGGCAAGUAUCGUACAGCUCAUUCACUGCCGGCAAAAAUCCAAGUGGUAGCUUUCAAGGUCUGGGGUCAUCACCAGCAUUCGCCGCCACCAAUGUCAGUGGGGCACAGAGACAGUGA